UCGCCCUAUUGCCCGUCGUAGCCAUGGCGGCCAUGAGUUUAUUGCAGCGGGCUUCGGUCACUGCGUUGACAGCUCUGUCCGGCCGCUGUGUGGGCACUCGACUCGGAUCCGGAGGGUUUCUCACCCGGGGCUUUCCGAAGACUGCCGCUCCUGUGCGACACAGUGGAGACCAUGGGAAAAGACUGUUCAUCAUCAAAUCUUCUUCCUUCUAUGACAGACGUUUUUUAAAAUUACUGAAAUUCUACAAUUUUUGUGACUGGGAUUUCCCAGUAGCACAUCCGGCAUACGUCUGGUGA